AAAGGCUUCAGUGGGUCUCAAAGAAGUUUCCAGACCAUCAAUAGCAGCCUCACCAGGCAAAUUGUUGGAAAUGCAAAUGUCAGGCCCCACCCUAGACUUGCUGAGUCAGAAAUUCUGGGAUUGGAGCCCAGAAUUUGUGUUUGUUCUUUUUUUUUCUCAGAGACAGAAUCUCACUUCAUCGCCCUCAGUAAAGUGCUAUGGCGUCACAGCUCACAGCAACCUCCAACUCCUGGGCUUAGGCAAUUCUCCUGCCUAACCUUCCCGAGUAGCGAGGGCCACAGGUGCCUGCCACAACGUCUGGCUAUUUUUUGCUGCAGUUUGGCUGGGGCGGGCUCGAACCCACUACCCUCCAUAUCUGGGGCCAGCGCCCUACCCACUGAACCACAGGUGCCACCCCAGCAAUUUGUGUUUGAACAAGCCUUCUGGUGAUUCUGAUGCAAGCUAAAGUUUGAGAAUCACACACAGGUUGGCAAACUACCCUGCAACCAGGAGCCUGUUUUUGCAAAUAAAGUUUUAUUGGAACUCAGAACUCAUUUGGUCUAAUUCCUAACCAGCAGAGGUGAUAGUUGCCACAGAGACGUUAUGGCCUGCAAAGCCUGCUUCUGCCAAAUGACUCGAUCUGCCAUGCUAGGAAGAACCAUCUGCUAGAUUUUUUUUUUUUUUUUUAAGGGAAUAGAGCUGGCUUGAACUCCUGGGUUCAAGUGAACCUCCUGCCUCAGCCACUCAAGUAGCUAGGACUUUAGGCAUGUAUCACCUUGCUUGGCUCCUAUCUUAAUGUCCCCCACAGCUGCCUGUCUCAAAAAAAAAAUAAAUAAAUAGGCUCAGCGCCUGUGGCUCAAGCAGCUAAGGCGCCAGCUACAUACACCUGAGCUGGUGGGUUUGAAUCCAGCCCAGGCCCGCCAAACAACGAUGGCUGCCUAGACAAGGGAGCCUACUUUCUGGGAAGGUCAAAGCUCAUUACAGUGUGCAAGGCCUCAGCCCAGUGCUGGGUGUAUAGCAUUAGGUAGUCUGUCUUCCUGUUUUCCUUUCAAUCUCCCAUCUUCCUCAUCUAGGAAUAUUCAAAACUAUUUGAAACCCAUAGCCCUUGUAUUUCUUCAGGUAGUUUUUAGAGUUGUUCCCAUCUACAUUGCACGAUUCAAGGCCACUCUUUAAUCACACCCAUCCAUCUGCAAGCCCCUCACCAGUGAUGCCCCUCUUCCUACUCUGUGUGCACAGGGUCCAGGACCCUGUUCUCCAUGGUCUAUGUCAGUGUAUCUGAAGACCUCCUGGGUUCAAGCUGGGACUCCUCUCGCCUCGGCCUCUUGGAGUGCGAAGAUUACAGGUUCUAAGAAGUAUUGCAAUAAAGGAUGGCACUUCAACCCUGAGCUCCCCGCAAGUUGCUUGACCAAGAAAUGAUGGAAGAAUUGCAUAGCCUGGACCCACGACGGCAGGAAUUAUUAGAGGCCAGGUUUACUGGAGUUGGUGUUAGUAAGGGACCACUCAAUAGUGAGUCUUCCAAUCAGAGCUUGUGCAGUGUGGGGUCCUUGAGUGAUAAAGAAGUAGAGACUCCUGAAAAAAAGCAGAAUGACCAGCGAAAUCGGAAAAGAAAAGCUGAACCAUAUGAAACUAGCCAAGGGAAAGGUACUCCUAGGGGACAUAAAAUUAGUGAUUACUUUGAGUUUGCUGGGGGAAGCGGGCCAGGAACCAGCCCUGGCAGAAGUGUUCCACCAGUUGCACGAUCCUCACCGCAACAUUCCUUAUCCAAUCCCUUACCGCGGCGAGUAGAGCAGCCCCUUUAUGGCUUAGAUGGCAGUGCUGCAAAGGAGGCAUCAGAGGAGCAGUCUGCUCUGCCAACCCUCAUGUCGGUGAUGCUAGCAAAGCCUCGGCUUGACACGGAGCAGUUGGCACAAAGAGGAGCUGGACUCUGCUUCACUUUUGUUUCAGCUCAACAAAACAGUCCUUCUUCUACGGGAUCUGGCAACACAGAGCAUUCCUGCAGCUCCCAAAAACAGAUCUCCAUCCAGCACAGACAGACCCAGUCUGACCUCACAAUAGAAAAAAUAUCUGCACUAGAAAACAGUAAGAAUUCUGACUUAGAGAAGAAGGAGGGAAGAAUAGAUGAUUUAUUAAGAGCCAACUGUGAUUUGAGACGGCAGAUUGAUGAACAGCAAAAGAUGCUAGAGAAAUACAAGGAACGAUUAAAUAGAUGUGUGACAAUGAGCAAGAAACUCCUUAUAGAAAAGUCAAAACAAGAGAAGAUGGCAUGUAGAGAUAAGAGCAUGCAAGACCGUUUGAGAUUGGGCCACUUUACUACUGUCCGACACGGAGCCUCUUUUACUGAACAAUGGACAGAUGGUUAUGCUUUCCAGAACCUUAUCAAGCAACAGGAAAGGAUAAAUUCACAGAGGGAGGAGAUAGAAAGACAACGGAAAAUGUUAGCAAAGCGGAAACCUCCUGCCAUGGGCCAGGCCCCUCCAGCAACCAAUGAGCAGAAACAGCGGAAAAGCAAGACCAAUGGAGCUGAAAACGAAACGUUAACAUUAGCAGAAUACCAUGAACAAGAAGAAAUUUUCAAACUCAGAUUAGGUCAUCUUAAAAAGGAGGAAGCAGAGAUCCAGGCAGAGCUGGAAAGACUAGAAAGGGUUAGAAAUCUACAUAUCAGGGAAUUAAAAAGGAUACAUAAUGAAGAUAAUUCACAAUUUAAAGAUCAUCCAACGCUAAAUGACAGAUAUUUGUUGUUACAUCUUUUGGGUAGAGGAGGUUUCAGUGAAGUUUAUAAGGCAUUUGAUCUAACAGAGCAAAGAUAUGUAGCUGUGAAAAUUCACCAGUUAAAUAAAAACUGGAGAGAUGAGAAAAAGGAGAAUUACCACAAGCAUGCAUGUAGGGAAUACCGGAUUCACAAAGAACUGGAUCAUCCCAGAAUAGUAAAGCUGUAUGAUUACUUUUCACUGGACACUGACUCGUUUUGUACAGUAUUAGAAUACUGUGAGGGAAAUGAUCUGGACUUCUACCUGAAACAGCACAAAUUAAUGUCGGAGAAAGAGGCCCGAUCCAUUAUCAUGCAGAUUGUGAAUGCUUUAAAGUACUUAAAUGAAAUAAAACCUCCCAUCAUACACUAUGACCUCAAACCAGGUAAUAUUCUUUUAGUAAAUGGUACAGCGUGUGGAGAGAUAAAAAUUACAGAUUUUGGUCUUUCCAAGAUCAUGGAUGAUGAUAGCUACAAUUCAGUGGAUGGCAUGGAGCUAACAUCACAAGGUGCUGGUACUUACUGGUAUUUACCACCAGAGUGUUUCGUGGUUGGGAAAGAACCACCAAAGAUCUCAAAUAAAGUUGACGUCUGGUCAGUGGGUGUGAUCUUCUACCAGUGUCUUUAUGGAAGGAAGCCUUUUGGCCAUAACCAGUCCCAGCAAGACAUUCUGCAAGAGAAUACUAUUCUUAAAGCUACUGAAGUGCAGUUCCCGCCAAAGCCAGUAGUAACACCUGAAGCAAAGGCAUUUAUUCGACGAUGUUUGGCCUACCGAAAGGAGGACCGCAUCGAUGUCCAGCAAUUGGCCUGUGACCCCUACUUGCUGCCUCACAUCCGAAAGUCGGUCUCCACAAGUAGCCCUGCUGGAGCUGCUAUUGCAUCAACCUCUGGGGCAUCCAAUAACAGUUCUUCGAAUUGAGACCGACUCUAAGGCCACAAACUGUUCAACACACACAAAGUGGACAAACGGCAUUCAGCAGCGGGUUUGGAACAUAGUGAAUCCAAAUGGAUCUCAUGAAACCUGUACCAGGUGCUUUUAUUUUCUUGCUUUUUUCCCAUCCAUAGAGCAUGACAGCAUCGAUUCUCAUUGAGGAGAAACCUUGGGCAGCUCUGGCCAGGCCUCGUAGGAAAAGGCCCCGCCCGAGGUUCCGGCGUCACGGCCACUAUGCGUGGCUGCUCUGAGUGAGGAAAAAUUAAAAAGAAAAACUGGUUCCAUGUACUGUGAACUUGAAAACAUGCAGACUCAGGGGGGGUCCCUGAUGCAAUGCUUCAGAUGAAGAAUGUGGACUUGAAAAUACAGACUGGGCUAGUCCAGUGUCUAUAUUUAAACUUGUUCUUUUCUUUUAAUAAAGUUUAGGUGACAUCUCCUGAAAAGCUUGUAGCACAAAGGCUCAGCUGGGGAUGGUGUUUGACUUCGGAGGAAAAAAGUUGCUAUUGCCCAUUUAAGGCACUAGAGUUAGUGUUUUAUCCCUAAAUAAUUUCAAUUUUUAAAAACAUGCAGCUUCCCUCCCCCCCUUUUUUAUUUUUGAAAGAAUACAUUUGGUCAUAAAGUGAAACCCGUAUUAGCAAGUACGUGGCAAUGUUCAUUCCAAUCAGAUGCAGCUUUCUCCUCCGUCUGGUCUCCUGUUUGCAAUUGCUUCCCUCAUCUCAGUAGGGAAAAGAUUGAGUGGGAAGACUGAGAUGUGUGGGUGUUUCCCAUUGGACAAAGAAUGAGGUUGGAAGACUGCAACUUGGAGUCUAGGUUUUCAACUACUUCUUCACAAUUUGAACACUUGACGGUUGUCCCUUUUAAUUUAUUUGAAGUGCUAUUUUUUUAAAUAAAGGUUCAUCUGUCCAUGCAGUCCUCUUGGAUUCUCUGAAUGUAGUGACUAUCAAAACUAUUCCAAAGGUAGCAGAAAGUGGGCUGGGAAGCCAGAUGCUCCAGGGACCAGUUGUUCCUCUGUGUGCUUGCUAAAUGGUGUACAUUUCUUGUUAACCACAUUAUUAAAACUUGAUCAGCACAUAA